UAGCUAUAAAUUCAUCACUUCAUUUAUAAUUUAUGGAUCAAUAAUUCACUUAAUUGGCCAGCCAAUCUAUUUCAAAUUUGAAGUUUGAGAGGUCUUUCUAAAAAUAACCUCAAACCUCAUGGGCAAAUUGAAAUUAACCAGAAAACAUCAGCGUCUCCACCGCGUAGAACGUAGAGAGAGAGAGAGAGAGAGAGAGAGAGAGAGAGGGGGAGAUAUGUUUUACGGAGGAGCCAAUCGGAGCCGGUCAAAGACGUCAACAUCUUUGUUCUUGCCAAUCACCAUGGCUUCGUAGGUCGUGAUCCUUCCUGCCCGUGUCCUCCUGCGUUCUCACCCAUUGCCCUCGCUAAUUUCAACAAGCAUUAUCAGAUUUUUCACUUCCAAUCGCAGCUUUUGAUUCUCCGCGGGAUCCGAAACGCCGCCACCGGUGAUGGAACAACCUGUCGAAGACCAGCCCAGCACGAAGAAAUCGGAGUCGGAGCCGUCUCCGGGUCAGGACCCGCAGCCGAUGAAAUCGGAGUCGGAAUCUCGGCCUUUGGAAGAUUCUACGACCCGUCCGGCAGCGGCGGCUAAAAAAACGGUGCGGUGGAGCACCGAAUUGGUGACGGAGUCUCCUUCUACGCCCAUAUACGCUUCUUCUUAUCCUGCUUCCAAUGGUGGAUCAAACCCUUACGUCGCUCCGUAUGCGACCACUUCCUCCCCCUCAUCAUCCUUCAAAAAUACGAUGGAUUCAGUUCGGAAUGUGUUGGGGAGAUGGGGAAAGAAGGUUGGGGAAGCGACGAAGAAGGCUGAGGACCUGGCUGGAAACACUUGGCAGCACUUGAAAACGGGCCCCAGUUUUGCUGAUGCUGCCAUGGGAAGAAUUGCACAAGGAACUAAGGUUUUAGCUGAAGGCGGUUAUGAGAAGAUCUUUCGUCAAAGUUUUGAGACUGUUCCGGAGGAGCUACUUCAGAAUUCAUAUGCAUGUUACUUGUCAACAUCAGCUGGUCCAGUCAUGGGAAUCUUAUAUGUAUCUACAGCAAAGCUUGCAUUUUGUAGUGACAAUCCUCUUUCUUAUAAAGAUGGCGAUCGGACUGAAUGGAGCUACUAUAAGGUAAUUGUACCAUUACAUCAGAUUAAAGCAGUUAAUCCUUCGUCAAGCAGAGCCAAUCCUGCGGAAAAAUACAUCCAGCUUAUCUCAGUUGAUAAUCAUGAAUUUUGGUACAUGGGCUUCCUGAACUAUGACAACGCUGUGAAAUGCCUGCAGGAAGCUUUGCAAGCCAGCAAAUCGCAAUCCGUGUGAUCUGCCCCUUCUGGAUUCGAGCUUUCACCGGUGUUUUGGAACAACCUCUCUUCCCAACAGGGAAGAAUAUAUAUAUUUUUUUUUAAAUGAAAAAACAAGAAGAGAUGUCUCUUUUCUUUUGGGGGCAUCUGAUGCCUAUUUUCUUUAGAGGGUAUUUCUCAUUUAUUUUUUCUGUGAUAAGAAUAGAUGUUUCAGAAGUACCAAAAAAAAAAAAAAAACAAAGAAUGUUUCAUAAGUUUAUUUUCUGGCAUAUUUCUUUUUGGUCAGGGAGGUGUUUAUGUGAACUUUUGAUUUCUUCCCUCUAUAUGGUAAUUACCUUCAUGUUUCUUCUAUUAUUUGCUUUGGCAGACAUCUAUAUAUGAAUCUAUGAUUAAUUUGGUUGA